CUAUUUCCCGUUUUGAGCGCGUUGCAUCCUGGGAAGAUGGCGGCGCCUAGCGCGUGAGACGAGCAUUGACUGACAGGCGGAGGCAAGGUGAGGUAUUGGAGUGACCGUUAGAGGCGGGUGGGAAGGCUUGACUGGUUUUUGCGGGGGGAAUUUCGAGCUGACGACCCUCAAGUAGAGCGUAGGAGGCUCAGCAGCGCACUCUGUCCUGAUUAGGAAGCUCUUGUGCAUUCCUGCGCAGAAGUCCUGGCCAAGGGGGCUCCUGAGCAUGUCUAGAGUUCAUUCUCAUUUAUUCAUUUAAAAGCGUCGCUCCCCAAAAAACAAACAAACACUAAGGCGGGCUCCCAGAGCCCCUUCCAGAGAUCAGCCCUUGCUCUCGGACUAGCAAUCUGAGAUACGUGAACGAUUGGAAGGAAGAAGAAUUGAAGGAAGGAAGGUGGAAGAGAAAGUAAACUUGGGCUAGUACCUGUAGUUCAUAGCUGGUAGUUAUUCAGACAAAAGGAUCCAGGAGCAUGUGCAGAGUUCCCCACUGGGAAAGAAGCCAUCCUCUUUAUCUCUCCCCCUCUCCCCCAAAAAAGAACCUAAGACUGAAAUGGUCAUGAGGAUAUGCAGAGUUUUACCCCAGGGAAUUAAGCCAGCCUCCCUCCCUCCAAAAAGAGAACAUAAGGGCAAGGAUUUAAUGUGCAGAUGCAGAGUCUUUCCGUCUAACAUCCUUCGGACAUCCAGUGAAACUGGAUAUUGGAACAUUCGAGACGGAUAAAAGGAGUUGCUGCUUCAUACAGCACUUAGCAAAACUAUGGAGUUUCUCCCGCAGAAAGCGGUGAAGUUCACUAACCUGGAUACCUUUCAAAGAGGACUGGACACAUUUAUGGAGGAGAGGGCUAUCAAUGGCUCCUAGCCAUGAUGGCUCAGCUCUGCCUUCACAGUUGGAGGCAGCAAUGCUUCUGAAUACCAGUGGCUGGAAACCAUGUGAAGCAGGAGUGCUCUUGUGCUCGGGUCCUGCUUGAAAGUUUCCCACAGGCAUCUGGUUGGGCACUGUGAAACCAGAUGGGCCAUUGAUCUGAUCCUUGCAGGCUCUUCUUACAUUCUUACGUUUUGUGUUGGAAGCAUGUUGCCACUUUAGUAACAGUUUGAGAGUGUUGUGGGCCGCGAGGUCUAGAGUUCUGAAGAGAUUACGUUUUCAUCCCACCCUUCCAAGAAGCUUGGGAUCCACAUAACAUGUUCUCCUCACCUUCACUAGUUGUAUCCCCACAAGAACCCUGUGAAGUAGGUUAGACUAAGAGAGGACAAUUGCACCAGGGUCACACAGUGAGCCUGGGUCUUCCUAAUUUCAAGUCUAAGACUGUUGUAUUUCGUAUUGCAUAUUAGAUUGUUUACAGUAUGUGACUAUAGUGUAUCUUAAUUUUACAACAAAAGAGUUUUUUAGUACCUUAAGCUCUUUUGCUGCAACUGAUUCCCCCUGGAAUGUAUUUUUACAAUAAUGGUAAAUAUUUGUAACAUUGUGCGUUAAUAUGUUUCAGCAGUGGUAGAAGUAGGAACUAGUAAAUAAAAUGUGUGGAAGCAAAAUGAAUAAAUCAGAUUAAGUCCUAUGUCCUUUCCUUCUCCACCCUACAAAGAAUUCUCACUUCGUCCUCCCCUCUGGGACAAGACUAAGAAACUGUCCGAAAGACCAACGGUUAUGUGUCUAAACUUGGAGAAGGUACAACAUACCAGAUUCUAGUCCUGACUAGGAGUUACAACUAGGAGCUGACUAAGAUAGCAGGAAUUGAUUGAUUGAAGUAAGGUGCUUGGUUCAGGUCUCACCUGUUUGCCUUAUCUACACAGGAAUAGCUUGGUCACCAUUACAUACUUCUGCAUUAAAACAGCAUCAUUUUUACAUGGCAGUCUGGAGUGCCAUUCACUUCCAACAUACACAUGCAUACUGCUUUACAAAAGCAGCCACUAAACUUCAUGUAAUACAUUAUGAUGGCACAUGGCAAAUUCCUAUGGCAGAAGCAUUCAAGGCUUAGUUUUGUUAACCACAGCAUUUAUUUUAUGCAUUCAAGAUUCUUAUAUCUUGCUAUUUUUUUUAAUCUGGAGCUCAGGAUGGCUAACAAUUAAUAGAUAAGCAAUUAUACAAAGCAAUACUCUAAUUUGCACCACAAAGCCAUAGCAGCAGCAACUCAACAGCAAAUAAUAAUAUCAAUAAAACAACACCUAAAAAUAAUUUAUCUCCUUCUAAAUGGUAACUUCUUUCCUUUUGCCGUAGUUUUCUGAUAAUGAAUCAAAAGCUAGAGAUCAUCUGAAUAAAAGCGUUCCUCAAAACAACAAACCAGGGCAAGAAUGAAGGUUUUUUGUGGAAGAGCCAAUCCAACCACUGGAGCGGUGGAGUGGUUGGAGGAAGAUGAGAACUAUGAUUAUCAUCAGGAAAUUGCAAGGUAUAGUGGGAGUUGGCUUUUAUUUCAUGCAUUAUUGUGACAGGCCAGUGUGUACUCGACAUGUUGGAUUUAGACCUGAUGAGUCCUGGAUUCAAAUCAAUGUGCAGCCACAUAAGCAUACUGGUUGGCGUUGGGCUCAGCCUAGCAUGUUUACCAGAUCGUUGUGAGACUGGCAGUGGGGAUAUGUGUGCUACCUGAGCUCUUGGGGGUGGGGGGUGGGAAUAAAAAACUGAUAAAAAACUGUGAUGAAAAUGAAACUUGAAUGAAAGAGUGAAAAAAGGUAUCUAAUAACAUCAUAAAGUUUUUGUUUGUUUAACAAGGAACUCUUGAGUUCAACACAGUGCUAAAGAUGGAUUCAAAUAACUUUUAUAUUUCCAAGGAGGAAGUGCUGAUUGGUUCUUUGUGCCAGCAUCCUUUCGUGCAACCUAUGACCUUUGGCACUCGUCACAUUCUAAUCUACUUAGUCUUUGAAGAGCUUCUCAAAUUACUAUUUUAAGACUAUGACAUGUGACAAGGAACAUCCCCCCUACCUUUCUUUCUCAUGCAUGCAUACCUUUUUGUUUUAAAUCAUGGGAGGAUGAGACUGUUAAUGGCUACUAGUCAUGGUAGUUGUGUCAGAGUAUCAUCAUGAAUAUCUGAGGCAGUAUGUCUCUGAAUACAGUUGGUUGGGGAUCAUGAGCAGGAGAGUGCAAUAGCACUUGUGUCUUUCGUGUGGUACCCUAUAAGCAUCUGGUCAUCCCAUCUGUGAACUGAAUGCAGGACUAGAUAAGACUUUAGUCCAAGUCAGCAGGGCAUUUCUUAAGUUCUGAUAAAAGUUCUUCAAAACUCAGAAAAUAGCUCACUACUCUGAUUUAUUUUUUCGGUUGGUUCUAAAAUAAAGGUAUUGAUCCUUCAUUCCUUUUAAAAUAGGAUUGAUAGUCUAGAACUGAAGAAAACAAAAAGUGCACAUUUAAUCUGAGCUUGUUGCAGGAUCCCAUGUGUUAUACUCUAUGGCUAUCUCCUGACUCUCCUUCAGAAGCUACAGCCUUGUUGUCUUGGACUUUAACUGUAUGCAGUUCAAGUGGGGAAAAACUGAACAAAAUCCUAGUGGUAUAUAGCAACAACCCUAACACAGCAUGGAUCUUACACCUUAGCCCUAUGCCUUUGUACUCAGCAGUACAUCCCACGCAGCACAAGGGAACUUACUCCAAAGUAAGUUUCCAUAGGCUUUCAUCCUUUAGUUUCCUGCAGUUAAGGUUCAUCUUGUAAAUAGCUGGUAAUAACCUUUAAAGGGAUGACUCACCAUUUGUCAAGCCUACAGAAGGAGAAAGCAUCCUCAGUUGUACAGCACUUUGCUGGUUGCAUAUUUUAAUAGUAACACUGGUCCUGUUUGUCUGAACUGUUUUUGAUCUGUAAUCUGAACUCUCUUACAGGUCAUGUUAUGCAGACAUGCUGAAUGACAAAGACAGAGUAAGUAAUUGUUGUUUUCUUUUUUUAAAAGUUGAUUGUUGGGAUUCUGAAAGUUGCCUCAUUAGCUUCCCUUACCUUGACUUUGUUCCACUGGCUUAUAGUACCAUAAAAUGAUAGAAUUGUAGAGUUGGAAGGGACCCUGAGGGUCAUCCCGUCCAACCCAUUGCAAUGCAGGAUUCUCAACUAAAACAUCCAUGACAGAUGGGCCAUCCAACCUCUGCUUAAAAACCUCCAAUGAAGGAGAGUCCAACACUUUCUGAGGCAUUCCAUUCCACUAUUGAGCAGCUCUUACUAUCAGAACAUUCUUCUUUUUUAAAAUAAUGUUUUUAUUUAUUUUCAUGGUACAGAAUAUAAUUUUUGAGAAAACAAUUGUUAAAACAGUAAACAACAAAAAACUUGUCCUGACAAAAUUACAGACUUUUAUCAUGCCACAUGUUAAAAUUUCAUUUGAUUAAGAGAUAACACCACAUUUUCCCGUGAGUGUAGUUGGAAUUUUCUUUCUUGUAACUUGAAGUUGUUGUCUUGCUUGUUUCCCAUACUCUGUGCAUUAGUAUAGACACAACUGAAACCAUGAGUCAUUCCCUCCAACUGCUUCCUUCUUGCAGUUUCUUGCCCCUUUAUCAGGUUUUUGUAGCACCGCCUCAGUUUCAUGUGAAGCUAUUAUUCCUGUUACCAGGUGUUCCCCUGUUUUCUGUAGCAUUAUCUCUCUCCCCCUCAGGAUUUAGUUUAAAGCUCUCCUGAUCAGGUUUGUGAGACUAUUAGCGAACACAUUCUUGCCAACUGCUGUGCGGUGCAACCCAUCUCUUCCCAGAAGUCCUUUCUCAAGGAAGCGACUUCAGUGUCACAGCCACAGGGUCUUUCUCCCUUUUCCGAUGACAUAUUCCUGGUGGGUCCAAAACUAUUUAAGGGGAAACUUACAACACUUUUAUUUUUAAUGAGUUUGUGGUCUUUCAGCUGCAUUUUAUAUUACUUCUGUGAUAGCCCCUUGAGAUCAAUCUUGCCAACAGUUCCUAUUUUCUUACCAUCAUGAAUAUGAGAUCAAGGCGUUUCCUGUUUGUAUAAGUUGCUGCUUUAAGACAGCAUAGAAUUUUAAAGAGACACAUUCAGCUGUGUACUGUUGUUGCAAGUGUAAAAAACAAAUGCUUUGAGGUUGGCUUUUCGAGGUUAUUUGUUUGAUGGAUAAUUGAGCAAGAUGACUAGACUGUUGUAGAAAACAGUCAGUGGUUCAACACUUUAUUUUGACUAACACUUUUAUUUUAAUUUGAUUUUAAUAGAAUGAUGUGAAGUUUUAGUGCUAAAUUUGGAGAAACAAAGCAUAGAUUACUUUAAAAUGCAUUAGUUAGUUGAUUAAAUUUCCUUUGGAUUCUGUCUAGUCAUGAGUGCAUUUUGAUAAUGAACCCUCUGUGAACAUUUCAUCUGCUUAUCAAGGGCUUCUGCGAUAUUCAUGUACCCUGCUUUCUUCUUCAAUAAAAUUCCUUUUCAGAUGGCACGAUUAAAUAUUCUUUUAAAGAAGCCCCCAGUGAUUCUCAAAAGUGUUUUUUUUUAAAUGAACUGUUUCAAAAUUAAAUCUUGACAAAGCUAAGAGAUGUGUUUAUUAUCUCACUAGCUUUUUUGGGUAGCUGUUCCUUUAAUUAAUUUUUUAAGAAGGUGACAUUUAAAAAAAAAAGAUGUCAGGGAUCAAAAAGGCCUGUCAGAAAUCACUUCCUGAAGGGAAUUUUGUCCAUCUGUAUCGGGCUUUAAACACUUGCAAAUUCCCAGGUGUCUCUAUUUGAAAAGAGUUGGCAGGAAAAGGAUGAAAAAUCGUAGGCAAACUAACCAUUUCACUUAAAGCAAUGCAAAGCAAAGCAUCCCAAGCCUCUGCAGCUGUGUAUUCCAAUAUUUAGAGGGUUUAAAAGUUUUAUUUAGAAUGAAAUACUUAAAGAGGAUUGGGAAAGAGAGUAAUGGGAAUAUCAGUUGUUCUUAAAGUGCUGGGGCUGCAUUCUUGUGAAUAGUAUUUAGCUUUAGCUUUCCCUCCCUUUAAUGUUUUCAGACAUUUAUCAUGGAGAUCAUAUGGAAUUUAUCAGGCUUCUAAUAAUUGUACUGCAAACAAAAUCUUAUGGAUCUGCAUAUUGAUCAUCCACAGAAAAGAUAAUGCCUUUUAACCCACGACAUUUAAAUGCCUGCAGAUUCAAAUUUAUUAACCUUGGAGGGCAUGUGUCUCACAUUUAAACAAACAUUGGUCUUGUUGAAGUAACUGUCAGGUUUGUAUUUUUCCACAGAAUGCAAAGUAUUUUCAGGGUAUUCGUGCUGCAGUGGACAGAGUGAAGGAAAGAGGAGACAGAGCCAUUGUCCUAGACAUUGGGACUGGUACCGGACUCUUGUCUAUGAUGGCAGCUACAGCCGGGGCAGAUUUCUGCUACGCUGUUGAGGUAGGUAUUAUUGUUCCCCUGUCCCUCGUACCAGAUAUAAAUCAGUUAUACAGAAGGCAGAUCCUUAAAACAGAUUUGUAUACAAAAUUAUAUGUGAUAGGGGCUAAUAUUGCUUUGGUCUGUGUGUUUAUUCUACAGCCAUCUGUACUUUCCUUAUGGCUCUCUCUUGUUCCUGAAAUGUUGCAUUAAUAUUUAGUGUUUGUUGUCCUUAUCGUUGCUAGUAAAGCACAGUGUUCAAGAAACUUCACUUUGGAUGGUGCAUUUCAGUCUACUUUGUAUUCCCCACUCCUUGAAAAUGGGGCAAAGCAACCAAGGGAUCUCUGAGCUUAAUCCAGACUAGCUCUGCUUAAUAUUGAUGCUUAAACUAUUCAUGAUUAAUUCAUCCCAUUGAUUUUGAUGGGGCUAUUCUAAGCAUGAGUAGGUCUGGAUCACUGUAUGGUGUCUUAGGAAAGUUUUAAUGUUAGAUAGUUAAUCAGAGUAAUAGUGAAAUGAAUUUUAGUGCUUUAAUUUUAAUUUGGGUUUGUUUUUUGCUUUUGAAAAAGCAUUGACUCAUGAAAGCAGACUUUUUGGUCACUGGUGGUGUGUAGCCAUCUGUUUCCCCCCUCAACUUUCAUUUCAUAUUUACAUUUUGGCAAGGAGCAGUUCAUUUCUGGCAGCUUUGGAGGUGGAAGGCAGUCUUGUUUUGCCAGGGUUCAUGCCUUAAUUAGGUACACAUUUUAACAUUGCCAGGAGGUAUGUGCUUCAUUGGAGGUCUCAUCUGUGCUUUUGAGAAGGCAAAGUUAGAUUUCUCAGUCUUUGCCAAAGAGCAGACUCUUGGCUCUUAUUAGAAACCCAGUUUCUUUCUGUUGCCUAGACCAGUUAAAAAUCCCAUCCAACUUUUGUAUGUAUUGGAUCUGAAACUGGGCACUAAUGGAGUAAUCCUAUGCAUGGCUGCUCAGACAUAAACACCAUUGAGUUAUGUGUAUAGGAUUGAAGCCUAAGUGAUUAGAUCUUUUAUGCAAGAUGAUAAAAUAUAGGCAGGGAUUCUUAAUAUAAAACAGCAGUUGGUUGUUUUCAUUUGUUGUGCUAGUUUGUAUGCUUAAUUUAACUUAGUAGUAGUUUUCAAUUGUAUUUUUCCCUUAUCUGCCCAGGGCACAUACAUUUAUGUUUAAGGUGUGUGAUACAAACUAUGUAAACAAACACAUUUUUAAUCUCCUUGGGAAAAGCCACAGACAGGUACUACCCAGUACCUACUAAGUCUUCUAUUUAGCAGGAUUAAAUGUGCUUAAAUGUUUAUCCUGUGGUAAGUAUUUCCCAUAACACAAUACAGUAAUUUUCUGGUGGUGUUUGUACCUUGAAUGUAGGUGCCAUUAGCUUGGUUGUGUUCUUGAGAGUUGGUGUAGUGUAAUGGCUGUGUCUCUGUGCUGUGUCCUAGGAAGUACCUGAUUCAAAUGUUACUUCAGAUCUAUCUAAAUAUAAGGAUUAUUAUACUGCAGGUCUUCAAACCUAUGGCUGAUACAGCUGUGAAGAUAGUGGAGAAAAACGGCUUUAGCGACAAGAUAAAGAUCAUCAACAAGCACUCCACUGAAGUCACAGUGGGGCCUGGUGAGAUUAAUGUGGACUGUAUUCUCAUGUUGCAUGGAACAAAGGAUAUCUUUAUUUAGUUCUUUGUUUCAUUAAAACAAAUUGUAUGCCAUCCUUCAGAUAUGUUUUUGGGGUGGUUUACAUAUAAUAGAGGCUGGCUUCCUCUGAUUUCAAGGAAGGGAGGGGAUGAGAAAGAAGAACAGAAAGGUCACAGCUGUAUAGAAGAGAACAGAAGCAGUCCUGAGGCCAUUCCCUAUCUCCUAUUUGAGGUGACUUAACAUUAGCACAGCAGCCUGCUUUGAAAAAAAAGAGAAAAGAAAUAAACCAGCAUACUCCUAUUUGUCUUGUGCUAUGCUUCCUAGAUGGAGACAUGCAGUGUCGUGCAAACAUCCUGAUAACAGAGCUUUUUGAUACCGAACUGAUAGGGGAGGGAGCUUUACCGUCUUAUGAGCAUGCCCACAGAUGUCUUGUACAGGUAAGGAAGUGAGCACUGUUCACAGAUGGUGUCAUGUAACAGAAAUUUUAUUCUUGCAAGCUCGCAGAUUGAUUGUAGCCAAUCAUUUCUUUGUUUUUGAUCGGUUUUGUUACUGUUAGUUUUCACUGAAGAUAUUCAAAAUGACCUUCAAAAUUCAUAAUAGACCUGUCAUAAUCUGUAUCUGUGUUGGUUGCGCAUGGCUUAAGAAACAACUAACUUUGAGAAAGCUUUCACACAUUUUUGGCACAAAAAUGCAAAGUAUAGUAAAUAUAUGAGUCUCUGUCCACUUGAGGACAAGCAUCAUUGAACUCAACAGGAAUACCUUCCAAGUAAACAUUAUGGUAUCAGACUGUAAGAUAAAUAGGAACGCACGUAAAGAGAAGGUUCAAAGGCAUUGAAGAGUGGACCUCAUAUUUACGCCCAGAAUCUGAGUUUUAUGUGCAGCCUAUAUAUUUUCUAAGAAGUUCACAUUUCAGAGCUUGCUUUUAUUCCAAGGACAUAUAAUGAACCUUGCUCAGUUUCCUUUCUCUUUGUUUUCAAAUGAUUAGGAAGGAUGUGAGGCAGUGCCUCACAGGGCAACAGUAUACGCCCAGUUAGUGGAGUCCCAAAGAAUGUGGUCCUGGAACAAGCUAUUUCCCAUUCAUAUUCAAGCAGAAGAUAGUGAGAAGAUUAUUGUCUCACCACCAGAAAUGGAAAACUGUCCUGGUGCUCCUUCAGUCUAUGAUAUCCAACUGAAUCAGGUGUCCUUGCAUGACUUCACGCCUCUCAGUGACGUUGUUACAAUGUUCAGGUGAGUGCUGCUUUUAUGUUAUAUGUUUAAGCCAUUUUGAUACUCUGCCUUUUAAUCUUCGAUUAUCAAGGCAGCUUAAAACAUCAUUUUAAAACAAUGCCUCAUAAAAUAAUAACUAAUAUAACAAAAAAUAGUCUGUGGAAAAUUCAAAGCAGUAGUAAAAUCAAAGCCACACCAGAAACCCACAAAGGCCAAGGAAAACAAAUGUUUCUGCUUGGUGGUCUAAAAGCCAUCAGAUUUGGUGCUAAAUGAAUGGGUGGUGGGCCCUGGUAUCCACCUCAUUUCAGCCAAUGAGGCCCCUCAAAACCAUGUCUCCUUCCUUGAAGAGCUUACUAAUGGGAUUAAUAUUGGAGAAGGAGGUCCUUCAUAUACCCAUUUUGCAAGUGGGGUGGGUGGGAACCUAUGACCCUCCAAGUGUUGCUAGACUGCAACUAUCUUUCCUGGUCAUGCUAAUGGAGGUUGAUGAGUUAGAGCUCCAACAACAUCUUGAGGACUAUAUGUUCCCCACCCCUUAUUUAGAGUUUUAUAGGUUAAAACUUGCACUCUGAAUUGUUCUUGAAGGAAACUGGUAGCUUGUUUGCUUGAUGGUUUGUUUGUUUAAGUACUUGUCCUUACACAGACACACCUGUGUAUCAUAUAUAUUAUAAAUACAUUUAAGAGGGAAGUAGCAAACUCCUAAGAUCAAAUGGUUGAUGGUAUAUGAAGUUGUUGGUGAGAAGUUGCUGAGCACUUUAAUGCAUUGUGAUGUUUCAUUGAUGACUGACUGCUGCUGCUCUUGGUCAAAACUGUCAGAUGCAGUUUCAAUUUCUACAAUUUUUAGAAGAGCUCUGUUCAGUUCCAUUGUUUAUCAAUUCUGCUCUGUGUGUAUGUUUGUGGUUAGAAUCACAAUGUUUAUUUCUGUCUAACAACCUGAAUGAAAAUAAGUAGCUAUUUAAAAUGAACUGAUUGCAAUUCAUUAUUUUUCACAGUGUAGAUUUCAGUAAGCCAGUAAGCCGAGCCUCUGCCUACUACACAGUACAUCUGGAGGCCAUAAAGUCGGGCAAAGCCCAAGUGGUCCUGUCCUGGUGGGAUAUUGACAUGGACCCCGCUGGGUCAAUAAAAUGUACGAUGGCCCCAUAUUGGGUGCAAUCCACCUCUGAAGAUAUCCCGGUAAUGUACUGAACCUCUUGUAAAUUCUAUUGCCUUCCUAACAUUUUAAUGCUGGCAGAUUGAACUAAAACCAUAUAUGUGGGCAGAUGUUAAUUUGUCCAGCUCUGUAAAAUGUGCCAUUUUCACUUUUUGGCCUAAUUCGAAUUUGACUCUGGACAUUCACCAAGGGAGGGGAACAGCACCAAGUCCAUGUGAAAUUCCAUACAGGCAUCUCAUUUGACUUGGGUCACCACCCCCUGUGCAGGCAUUGUUAGUAUGAUAGGCAUGAGUGGAUGUUGUGUUGUUGUAUGCUGACAUAGCAUGUUUAGAGGCCAGUGAUCUAACUUACCCAAGGCACCAGCUGCAUGAACGUCUAAAUAGUUAUGCUUCUGGAAUUUUUUGUGCAUGUUGUUUGUUGCAUCUUAGUUUGACCUUAGUUCAUUAUUGCUCAGCCUUUAGAGAAUGCUGAUAAAGAUUCUAAAGAUUUGUGCUAAACUUUCAGAAGUAAACUAGUUCUCUUAAAAUUGUCCAAUUCUUGAUAAUAACGUCUAAGUAUAUGGCCCCUUGCAGUUUUCUAGCUACUUACUGCCAUGCAUGGAGUUGUACAAAAAUAAACAAUGGUCUAUGAUUGCGGCAGGUUAGUGACUUUAAGUAAGGUUAGGAUUCCAUUGGAUUUGCCAUCUCAUCUUUUGACUUUUCUAGCAUAGAAUGCAUCAGGGUAGGCAAUAUGCUUUCUGAAAUUCCUAAUUUCACUAAAGAAAAGGUAUGUUUUUUGACAUUGUGGUUAUAGAAAUGAAUGUGAAAGGUGACAGCAGAACAUUAAAUAAAGGCAGAAGGGUGAUGUUAAAUCUCCAUGAAUCCUUUAAACAAUAAGAGAUUAUGUUGCUGUGAAUGUUUCCUCAUGAUUACAUUGUAAAACAGGCAGUUCCCAGCAUUAAAGCUGUAUCAGAGGUAACCUUGAGUGGGGUUGUUUAGGUAUGAACAAGCACUGGAGCUUGCCCAAAUUGUGUUCUUUAUUUCACUCCUUUACUUUCUCCUGUAUCACAUCCUUUGUGUCACAUCCUUGGCACUAUAUGUCACUUGGUUGUCAGAUAGGGAUCCUGCCACCAUUUGAUGUGUUUCUUUCUGUUGAAUGCAUAAGCAUGCACAGCUGUAGCUCAAUUGCUUUGCAUGCAGGAGGUUCCAUGUUUAAUCUCUAGCAUUUUCAGGUAGGGCUGAGAAAACAGAGUUAUCUGCAUUAUCCCAUUGCCAUUUACUGUUUGGUUUUUUUAUCCCACACAAUCCAUUUUUAUUUUGAAUUACUAAUUGUCUGCCCCUUUUCCAUUUUGUUUAAACCUUUCCAGUGGAGAGAUCAUUGGAUGCAGUGCGUCUAUUUCCUUCCAAAUGAAGAACUUGUUCUCCAGGGCCAGAGUGUGGGCCUGACUGCCUUUCAUGAUGACUACUCUGUGUGGUAUAAGCUUCAAAAAGGCAGGUAACUAAAGAUAGGAGGCAGAAAGGGAUACUCAUGGAUUGAACAAAGACUGUCAGGCUGGGAUAGUUUGUUUUCUCAGUGAAUGUAAGUUGGGGAGGGUUACUCUCCCAGUCCAUGAAUGGCCAUAGGUGUUGUACCAGGCAUAGCUGGUAAAAACCAUUUAUAAUGUAAACAUUAUCUGGGGCAAACAGAAAUGAGUUGGUUUCAUUCAUUCAAAUGUUUUUAGAAAUGAAGACGCCACAACUGCUAUCCAAGUUGAAAGUCCUGUGUGUAGGUGUCAGGCCCACCUGUUGUGGAAUAGGCCACGGUUUGGAGAACUCAACGAUCAGAAUCGAACAGCGCAGUAUUUACAGGCUCUGCAGAAAGUGAGUAAGAUUUCCCAAAUCCAAUAUGGUAUCUUCUUGCCUCAAUCUCUGCUCAUUAGGCAUCACUUCACUGAAUUUGGGUGAAGAGCUGUGUACAUGCCUGCUUCUUUUUUUAGCUUAUUAGAAGAGAUGGUGAGUCACAAAGCCAGCAUACUGUUUUGCUUAUUCACUGUUGAUACUUGAUGUACCUCCCGUUGCAGGGAAUUCUGUAUGGUUUUUAAUGCAAUGGACCAAUACAGCUAUCAUUCUGGAAAGCAAGUGAAAGUAAUUUCUUUCUAACUUUAGUGUGCAGUGCACAUGAGAACAAAGCAGAAGUCCACCAAUUUGUUUUUAAAUAGCUGGGGAAAACCAUACAACCUGGUAAACGAACAAAAAACAAAAUCAGAUUAUAUUUAUUAAAUAAAAUACUGCCUUUUCCAUUUGUUCUGUAACUACGUAGAAAUGCCAGGAUGAGCAACAACAAAAUGAACAGGAAGGUAGGAACUCUGAUGGGACAGAAUAAUGGGGCAACUGCAGGAGAUGUUGGGGGCUGCAAGUUGCCUACCUGUGACUUAAGAAUUUAAAUCUCUUGUAGUGUCUGUUGUAGAGUCUAAAGAUAUGCCUGUUAAGACCUUGCCUAUCUUGAGAUGCUAUGAGAGUUGCUAAAAUCUCUCUAAGCAAUACAGAUAAAAUAAAAAUCUACAAGGAACCAAGGACCAGGUUGUUUUUCUUUUUAAAAAAAUCAUUUAUAAUUAUUUGAUUUUUAAAGUGAUGCUUGGGAACAUUUUUUUGUUUAAUGAUACAAACUUGUAAAAACAUAGAUUUAACUAUACAAGCCUAAUUUAGAGGUUGAGUUUUCCAGUUAGAGCAAGUAUAGUGUUGAACAGCAUAUUUGAUCAGCAAGCCUGUCAGCUAAGUUUGUCCUUCGGUUCCAUCUGGUUGCCCUGUCCUCUGCACUUGAAGUAAAUCUUCUUUCUAAGUCUUUUGUGCUAUCUUUUCAUCACCUAAUGACUGAAAUAUGGUGAUUCAUUGAUAAAAUUCCACAGCUCCAUUGCUUAGCCUUAGUUAUAGCGAAUUUAUGUAUGUAUGUCUGGCAAAGUGGGUUUUAUCUCACACCAGUGAAUGCCAUAAUAAAUCUCUGUGACAAUUUAAAAGGCACCUUUCCUGAAUUGUAUAAUGGACUAACGUGGGUGGAGGGCGUGGAGAGGAGAAUGUGACUGUGAAGCUGGGUCAUAAUUUGCCAGGCAUGGAUUACACAGAACCAGCAUUUUGUCAGCACUGGAUGUAAAAACCUUACAAACAAUUUUUAAUCCUUCCCAACUAUUAGGGCAAGAGUAGUAGCGUCCUCAGUCAACAUGUCCAAUGGUCAGGGAUGAUGGGAGUUGUAGUCCAAAACAUGUGGAGGGAACCAUUUUGGCUAUCUUUGUGUUAGAAUAUGAUGGUGGGAUCCUUAAAUAGCAUAGAGAGGACUGUUAGACCAGAACUUCAGGAAGCCUUCUGCCUACAACACCCAAUUUCUUUGAAUGGAGAUUGAAGGCGUGUGUUUCUGUUGGCUACUUUUACCAGUUCUUGAAAACCACAGUUGCUCAAGUAUCAGUUCCUGGAAACCACAGGAGGGGCCAAUGCUGUGACAUUCAGGUCUUGCAUGAGGGUUUCCCACAGGCAUCUUAUUGGCCACUGUAAGAACAGGAUGCUGGAAUAGAUGGGCCACUGGCCUAAUUCAAUAGGCUCUUCUUGGGUUCCUAUGUACUCUUUCAAAAACUGCUUUGUUUUUCACUUUCCUUCAUGACCUGACUUGGCUAACUGGAUCAUGUCUUGGUGUAAAAUGAAAAAGAAUGUGGAUUUAAAAAUUGAGUCCAUAAAUAUGUAUAGUGACAAUGUUUUGUGGGAUUCCUCUCACAAGUAUUUACCUUUCUAAUGUAAAACAUGCAUCCUUUGCCUUAAAAUGUCAUGAAUUCUACUUGAAACAUGGAGAUUUUAGACAGCCUUUGGGAUGCAACAAUGCUUAGUAAUUUCAAACAAGCGAAUGUGUCAGUCCUUAAUCAGUGACCUUUUGCAUCUGGAAAGGAGGAAAUUGCUGACAGCUUGUCUUUUCGCUCUGAAGGUUCUGAAGCCAGACAGUGUUUGCCUCAGCAUCAGUGAUGGCAGCCUCCUUCCUGUGCUGGCUCACCAUCUUGGAGCAAAAGAGGUACAACCCCAUCCCCAGUCAUUGAAAUGUUUGCUAUUUUUAAUAUGUACUGACUCUUUUAUUCCUUUAUACAUUUUUUUAAAUUUUAUGUUAUGUUAUAUCUAUUUAUCUUCAGUGCUUUUCCUUAAGAGCUGUCUGUGGCAUUUAUUUGGUCUUCCAUAACUCUUCUGAGCACUGAAAUUGCUUCACCCAGUCUCAUUUGCGGCCUUGCAUUUGCCCAUGCCCAUCCCUUGUUAGUCUUGUUUCUCUUGGAACAGCCUUCUCUGUGUUGCAUCCAUUACUGGCAAAAUUUAGCUUGUAAGUUCCUUGGGUACAGACCUGUUACUGCUAUCAGUAUACAUUUAGUUUUGCAGAGUAUGUUACUCAUGAUAACAGUUAUCCAGCUGACUGACUGGAGUAGAAUUCUUAAUCCCCUAGGUCCUGCUAAGUUAUGUAGAUAGAUAGAUAAAAUUUAUUCGCAUUAGCCAACGGCCUUAGCAACAUAAAACAAGCAAUAUAUACAGUUAAAAAGACAACAGUGGGUAAAAAGGGCAAUCAAAUGACCAAGAUUAUUGUUCAGAUAGUGGCCCUUAAUCUCAUUGCACCCUCGAUAAACCUAGCAACCUUUGCUGUUGUCUGAUCAUUUUGAUCUGAUAAAAGAAAGAACAAUGUGGUCACAGAUGGGCGGCCUGGGAUAGUAAGUAAGAGUGGGGUGAUGAUCUCAUUCCUCAGAUCUUUAUAAAGGGGACAGGACAGGACAGGUAUAGCUCAGUGGCAGAACAUUUGACUGCUAAGUUAUAUAAUGGAAUGGGCCAUGCCAUGCAGUAUUUGUGCAUGUUUAUAUAUUUAUGUAUUUAAUUAUUUUAUCAAGAUUACUUAAGUAGAUCGCUGCUUAUUUGAGCAGUUAAUUGCUAUACAGGACAUUCUUGAUGUUCUUUGUAAGUCUUGCUCUUGAGUCGUUAUUGGCUGCUUGCAAAGUGGAGCAGGGCAACAGACCACACAUAACCAAGGGGUGUUACACCAAUCAGAAUGGAAGGGAGAGCGUCAUUCAAGGAUAGGAGUUUCCCCAGUGAAUCACCAGUGUGGUCCUUUCAUUGCUCAUGGGACAGGUAUUCCUUCCCAAAUUUCCACCCAAAAUUGCAGGUCUGAUUAAGCCAGUGUAUUCUGUUCUUCUUCUAGGUGUUUACACUGGAGAGCUCUGCAGUUUCUCAUUCACUCAUGCAGAAAGUAAGUAAUGAAUAUUGGAGUCAUAUCUGCAUGCAACUGCUGUCUUAUGUUUAUUACUCCUUCUGUUUAUUUUGUUUUCUUUUGUAAUGGCAAAAGUGCCUGCCCACUAUGAAAGUAGAGAAUUUUAGUUACCCAAAAUAAGUCAUUUUACAUUUCAGAAUGUUUUUGCGUUACAUAGUUAGGAAGAGGUUUCAUUCUUGGACAGCAGUAAAAAACAAAACACUAAGACCUUUCUUCUUUUCUUUUUCAUAAAAAAGAUUUUUAAUGCCAAUCAUCUAGAAGAUAAAAUUAAAAUAAUAGAGAAACAUCCUGAAUUGUUGAUCUCUUCAGAUCUUGAAGAUAAAAAGGUAAGAUAACUAAAUGUCUGUGCGACCAAAACAUUUUACUCUUUGAGAGGAUAAGCUUUAUCAAACAAAGCAUGUCAAGAGGUAUUUCCCACAUUAGCUGGCCGCUGAAGUUGUAUGCAAUAUAUAAAAGUUAAGUAGUAGCUCCACUACUGGCCUUUAGAGUUGUGAGGUAGUUCACACAUAAACGGAAACCUUGGUUUGACACUUCUUGAACAAGUAUUCAGGAGCUUUGUGGCUCUACACCAUGGUUUGAUCUCUGAACCCACUCAGUAUGUUGGGCAAGACUGAGAAGAUACAAUUACCUCUUCCAGAUUGACUGGCAGUUUAGUUUUUGUGUUUGUUAUGGCUUUUAUAGCUAAACAAAUAAAAAUACUACUACUACUACUACAAAAAUGUGUUAAGGGCUUUCUGUGUUCACUCAAGCUCCAAAGUGCUGUGAAAUUGCGGCUGUUACGGGCCAUACCAUUUAUAGAUGCAUUACGUAGGCAAUAUGUCAUGGUAUGAGUUUAGUUCAAUCUUUACCAUCAUCUUAGAGCUGGCUGACAGGCUGGCAGUGGCAAACCCAGGUCCUGAAUUUGCAGGUUCACUGGAAUUGACACACGGAGUCCAUGCAACUGAAGCUACCAUUCUGCAUUGCAUGUACCCAACUGGCAGCCAAUCCCACCUAUGCAGAAUGACAGACUUGGAAGGCCUGCCAAAUGGUACGAAGUGUGGUCUGGCACCCUGUUGCCCAUCUGAGCCUCUUGUAUGUUUUCCCCCACCCCAAGGUAUCACUUUUGAUUGGUGAACCCUUCUUCUCUACGAGCUUGUUGCCAUGGCACAAUUUAUAUUUCUGGUACGCCCGGACAGCCCUGGCAAGCCACCUGACAAGCGAUGUGACUGUCCUGCCCCAGUCUGCUUCACUUCACAUGAUGAUUGUGGAAUUCAAGGUAACAAAACUAUGUCUGGUUUCUGUUUUGCCCCCAGGGCAGUGUGGGUGGGUUUAGUUACAAUACUAUGCUUUGUUUAUUUGAAAAAACUUGCACUUCAUCAUUUAGCCAAACAGUCUUACAGAUUGCAGCUACAAAAUCAGUAGUAAGAUAGUUCCUUGGACUUACACUCUAAAAAGACAUGACACACAAGAAAAAAGAGAAGAGGGGGAAAUGAUCAGUUCCUAAUAAUACACGUUCCUCAAGGUACAAUUCAUUAUCUGGUUUUUAUUAGUUUGCAACAUUUUUCUUUAGUCCUUGAGUGGUUUUUAUCUUGAUAUAUUAGAGUUUAUUUUUGGAGUGGUUUUAAUAUACCGUGGAUAAGUGUGUUUGACAUUCUGGUCGUUUGACAUUCUGUUUCUUUGAAACAAUUUAAUUCUCAAAAUAUAGCUGUCAUAUUUCUGGGAGUGAUGAAAUGUACAGUUUUGAUCCAAUUUCUCAUGUUUUAAUUUAAUUUAAUUUUAAAACCCUGAACAAUAACAUUGUGUCCCCUCCUUUUCUUUCCCCCUAGGACUUGUGGCGAAUCCGCAGCCCGUGUGGUACCUGUGAAGGGUUUGAUGUGCAUAUUAUGGAUGAGAUGAUAAAGGUUAGACUAUCCUCCCUGUGUGUUGGAUAAAAGCCAAUUGAAUUAGAGAUGUGGUUGUAGGUAAAUUGCUUGUAAUUGUGGUUCUAGCCAACCUGUGCUUUAAAUGGGACAUACAGUACAGGAAUGGUCUUCUGGCUCAUGACAGGGUUUUUGGAGGCCAGACCCCAUCAACCACAAUGUCAUUUCUGCCCACCCCCAAGCUAAAGAAUCUGGCAGGCAUGAAACAAGCAGCGGCACUUUGUUGGUUUUUGGCAUGUUUUCUCAUUUAAGGGCUGAGAGGGGAUCUGGCCAGCUGAGAGGCACGCUUUGUGGCAAUCACACUGACAAGGCAUAGGCAGUGUAACCACCCCUCUCAUCACAGCACAGCCCUUCCCAGCACUUUCAAUGAGAGGGUGCUGCUGAACAUUGCUCAAGUCACCACACAUGGAAUGAGGAGGCACCCCAAAAGUCUCUGAUAACACAGAGCUCUCUGACUCUUCCUCUCAUUUAGCAAUGGGAGACACACUGACAAGAGCAGAAGCUGGGCUUGGCCCAUGACACUUGCCCAGCUAAAGUGGGAUAGCAAGUUGCAAAAACUGAAUCAAGCAGGAGUUGUGUCUGGUUCAUUGCCUGCCAGUUGGUCAUCCUCUGAUAAUAAGAUUUGAUUCCUUCAUAAAAUGUAGCUUAGUUUCUUUAAACAUAAUUUUCUCUUACGUCAUUUUCAAUAGCUAGGAAAUGUAGUAUUGGAUCAAAUCAUGGCUGACGUACCAUUUAUUUGGCAGCCUGACUGCACUGGCUUCCAAUUAGUGUUUGGGCCCAAUUCAAAGUGCUGGUUUUGACCAAUAAAUCCUUCAAAUGGAUCAGGACCACUUCUUCCCAUAUGAACCACCCUGGACCCUCCAAUCAUCAUCUGAGGCCCUUCUUCAUGUGCCUUCUCUGUGAGAGGUCCAGAGGGGAGCAACAUAAGAGCAGGCCUUUUCCGUAUUGGCUCUUCACUUCUGGAAUGCGCUCCCAAAGGAGGUUUGCCUUUGGCUAAUUAAAAAAUCUAUGGCCUUUGACGGAUUUGUUCGUUAUUAUGCUAUAUAUGUAUUUGUUUUUGUAUUUUAGACUGCCCUGUGAUCUUCAGAAAUAAAUAGAUAGAUAGAUAGAUAGAUAGAUAGAUAGAUAGAUAAUAAAGUGUGUCUCUUGUAAGCAUGACUAAGUCUGGAUUCUAGCCAUAGCUUCUUAUCCUAGUUCUGAGUAGGUGAUUUUUUCCCCUUCAGGUUAGCUUGUUAUAACAACCCCUCCUUCCUCCUCCCACAAUCUGAGCAGCUCUGAUGAAAUCUGUAGCUUUCCAGGCAUGACCUUUUCUUCAUUUAUUUACUUAUUAUUGAGUCAUCUAUCUGCUCAAAGGAACCUGAGGUGAUAUUCAACAUUUUAAAACCCAAUACAAAUCAUUAAAAUACAAACCUUACAUCUAACAAUGUAAUUAAAAAGCAUAUAUACACACCCCAUUAAAAUAGUACAAAUGCCUAGUAUUAAAAAUGCAGCAACAGAACAAAUAGAGGGCCAAUUAAAUAAAAUCAGCCACAAACAAUAGAAAACAGUUCCAGUAGCAAUCCCACAGGAGACAAAAGCUAGCAGACAAAUAAAGGUCCAAUGAUGUUACUUAAAAUACUGAAUACUCCCACAAGAACUUUUAUACCACAUCCUUCUUAUGAAAAAAAUGAAUGUUUGCAAGUCUUCAGCCUUCAUUGUUCGAAAGCACAGGACCAAUUAACUUAAUUGCAAAAAAUGUGUAGUUAUUUGAAAGCACUACUUAGAAAUGUCUGGGAUGACAAGCUUAAUGAGUUGUGCUAGCAGCUGCAAAGCUAUAGCAAAGAUUGUUGUAAAAAGGAAAAUAGACUUGAACGUAGUUGCAGAGAAUAGAAUUUAUCAAUUUAAUUAAAAACAAACUCGCCUUAUUCCCAUAUACACAGUCUGAGAAUUUUGUAGCAUGUCCUGGACAGAGAGAGCUGUGGGUUUGAUUCUGCACGUUCAUUCAUUUAGUGCCUAGUCCAGCACUUUGCAGUAUCCAUCUCUGUCAUCCAUAAAAUAUAAUACUUUACCUAGCCCAGAUGUCAUCCUAGAGAACAAAUGCUAAGUUUGUAGAAUAUUUGGCCAUUAUGAUGAAUAAACACAUACACUCCAAAUGGCAGAAUCUGCUGAGUUUUCACCUGGCAAUUGGUUGUUUUGACUCUUGGUAUGUUCUUAGCUGGGCUAAUAGCUUACCAGAGAAUUCCUGGUUCUGUAAAUGAGUGAAAUGUCUCUCUUCUUCACUUUAGAAGUGAAAUAAAUGUUACUGUCUUGACUUGGUAAAAUUUAAUCUUGCCUCAGCACGUCAAUGCUCUCUGAAUAUUUUAAAUGAAUACCUUAUCUGUGAAUAUUCUAGCACUUCAAUGCUUCCCUUUUUGUUUUCUUCCAUAGAACUCCUUGGACUUCAGGGAGUCAAGGGAAGCAGAACCUCACCCACUGUGGGAAUACCCUUGCAAAUCAAUAUCCAAUCCACUGAAAAUUUUGAUAUUUGACUUCCAUCAAACUGUGCCAGAACACACUAUCAAGAACGAAGGCAUCAUAAAUCUGACAAAGUGAGUAUCACCAAGAGAAAAUGUGCAAGCCCUGUUCAGGACUGUGGCCACUGUAGCUCAGUCUUCUUUCUUUUCCAUGCAGAAUGCCCCAGGUUCCAUUCCCAGCACCUCCAGGUAGGACUGGGAAAUAUCCAUGUGAGAAACUCUGGAGAACCACUGUCAGUGUAGAAAAUGGACAAAUGUCCUAACUCAGUAUAAAACAACUUCCUAUGUUCCUAAAAGUGCAGCAGAAUGGCUAAGAAUCGUGCCAUUACUUCACUGGGUAGCCUUAGUUCUCUCUAGACCUCAUAUCUACAAAUAUAAUAUUGACCAACUUUGUGAAAUUGUAAGGAUUGCACUAAGGUGAUAUCUGAGGCACAUUGAAUACUCUAGAAGCACUAAGUGCAUGCAAAGUCAAGUAUCAUUAUUAACACACUUGAUAUCGCUAGAACUAGCAUCUGUUCCAGUCUAGUUUUUGGAUGGAAACUGCCCAGGUCACCCUGGCGGAUCUUUGAUGGAAACAGACAGGGGAAUAUGUCCCUCUUAAUUCUCCUGGAUCUCUCUUUGUGUUUUAAUAGCCAUAAACCAUGAUAUCAUUCCUCACUGACUUGCCUGGUUGGAACCACAUGCUUUUUAACAUCCCCAUGAAUUUAGUGCCUGAGCCAGUAUUAGCAAUAUGCCAAGCACGCUCAGCUUUACCAAACAUUUAAAAAAAUCCCAGGGAAUUGGUGGGUGCUCUGAAAAACAACCAUAAAAUUGGGACAGCAUGACUGGAUGACAAAGGAGGAGGAGGGGAAAUUUCAGGGUCUAGAAAUCAAAAGCAAUAAACAAACAUAAUAAAUAGACCCCAUUAUUUCAAGGGAAGUAACUUGGUAUAAGAUUGGGAGCUGAAAUCAGAUGGGUGUUUGAGAUUUUAGAGCAACAGCAUAUACAUAUCACUUUUACAUUUAAUAAUGCUUUUUUCUGAAGAAAACCUUUGUGGUUCUAUAAUUUGCUUAAUAAUAAUUAACAUAUUUCAUGUAUGAGAUAACAUACUGCUCUUAAUGAAUAAUGUAUAAAUUACAUUUCAACAUAUGACUGAAUCAAUUUAUAAUGACGUUUAUUUCUCGUCUCCAAAUAUAGCCAUCUGUUCCCUGGCUGAUCAUUUCUUUCUCAACCAGCGCACAGUAUGUGGUGUUACCACUGAACCAAAUUAUGGUGUUAUCAUUGUACCAGCUGUAAAGUAUUGGAACAUCCUGUGCAGUAAAGAUCAAUAUUUGUCUCUAGCAUGAUUCUUGUUUAAACAUCAGAUGUAGAUUUUUCAGACUGUAUCAUAUAGCUUGUGCUAGCAAACAAGUCAAUCACAUCAGUUACACAUGAGAUAUUUAAGCUAAGACCAAAAUAGUAGAUAUUUGCGUUAAAGUCUGAAUCUUAAAAUGAAAGACAGACUGCAGAAGAAGCUGGGUCCCACUUCACGAGUUAUACUAAGCCAAACCAUGGCUUAGCAUGCAUGUGGAAACGUGCAGGCUCCUGGAGAAGAAAUUGCAAGCUUGUGGUUUAGCUUUCAGACAAACUACUAUCUUGUAACUAAGGUUUGUUCUAUGAUUUACAGCUUGUAGUUUGUCUGGAAGAGCUAAACCAUGAGCCCAGCUUCAGGUGACACACUAAGCCAAACCACUGCAGCAUUAACUCACUGCAGCAGCAAAAAGACUGGGGAGGUGAAAAAUGGCUGCAGUCUCCUCUCCAGGAGCCCACAUGUUGGCUCAUUCAUGCUAUGUCAUGGUUUGACUUAAUAUAGGCAUGAAAGAGGGCAGAAAGAUCCUGCUUCAGGUCUUUAAUGUGUUACUGCAGUUACUGUCCUAUACGCAUCGUUUUGGUUCCUGCAAGAAAUUUCGCUUGCUUACUACAUCCAUCUGCCAGCUGAUGGAAGUUUCAGGCUCCCAUAGGUGUAACAUUCAUGCUCUUUCAUCUCUCUGGCCUAGGCUGCUUCCGAGAAGGAAAGAGACUAUUCAUAUUUCAAAAAGAAUUUGUGCGUAUGUCAGUGUGCUGGUGUUCUUCAAAGUUAGCAGAAAAUCAAUACUUGAGGCUUUCUUUCUUUCUAGGACUGGGAAGAGCCAUGGAGCUGUUCUGUGGAUGGAAUAUCACCUGACACCCAGCAUUUCUAUUACCACAGGGCUUGUGCAGGUUUCAAAUGAAAAAGUAUGCUUAAUUCUCUUUCAUCUUCACUCUGCUCCAUGGGGGGGGGGGUGAGGGAGAAGAAUGUUAAUCUGAGUGAUUCACUUCUAUCUCAUGGUUUGGGACAUUUUUUGGACUUAAUCAGUCUUCUGUCUUCUCUGAAAUGCUAGGCAAAUUUAUUUAUUUACAUAUUUUUUCUACCGCCUUUCAGAUUUCAUCUCAAGGUGCUGUACAGCACAUUAAAUAAUUUUAAACCAUAAGAAUCAAUAAAAAUCCAGAAAACGAUAAAAAGGCCAGAGCAAUCCAGGUCAAAUUAAGCCAUGGUACCAUAUGCUGGAGUCAAACAACAGCAAAAGCCUGGGAACAGAAGUGGUCUCCAAAUCUCAUUAAUUCUGGCACCUGACUUUGGUGAUGGUGGAGAUGGUUCUAUAGGGAAGACACCUCCACAGAGAAGGCUUCUUCUGAUUGCCAACAUUUAUAAAUGUUGUAAAUCUGAAUUCACAAUUUUUCAGUGGAAACGGUGUGCUUGGAUACUACCAUAGACUCACUUUUGAAGUUUAGAAGCCUCAUUGGAAACAUGUAUAAACUAUAAUUCAUUUGUAUCUUUCAGUAGUAUGACAUCUGUCAGAGCUAUUAUAGGAUUGCUAUGUUCCAUUUUUAGUUAACACACUAGGCUCAAGAUUUUGCUGCCAAGCCAGAGCAUAGGGGAAAUUCCCCCACUAGUCUUUUUUAAAAAGUGUAGCUUCUGUGUGUAUGUUGUAAUUCUUACAGUCUGAUCCAAGCAUAUGUACUCAGAAGUGAAACCUUGUGUGUGCAAUACAAUGUAAAUUUAUAUAGGACUGCAGACUUAGAAAUCUUGGAGGUAAUCAAGUAACUGGCAUUCCAGUUCAGCCCAGUUUCCUCUAUUGCAAAGAGCAAAACAAUUUGCAUUACCAAGUUAUGCACCAGAUGUCAGAAGUCCUAGUGGCCUAGUCUGAAGGCCUAUGAGACCACCAACUUGUGGAGAUUGGUGCAGCAGUUCCCUGAAUGUAUGGAAUUCAGACUUCAUUGAUCAUAACAACACAUUCUGUUAUGAAUCAGCAUGCUGAUAUCCUAAAGUAAAGUGAUUGCUGUUGGUCUUGACAAAUUAGCAUACUGUAUUUUUUUUAUCAGAGCUGAUUAUUUUUCUUCUGCUUGUUUCUGCAGGGCUAUUGUCAAUGGACUCCCCACUGCAAACAGGCUGUGUUUUUCUUCAGUUCAGAUACUGGGUCAGAACCUCCCAUUGAUAACCCCUCUGCAGUUGCAUACACUCUAAGCUUCAACCCAAAGACAGGCAAUGUUAUCAUGGAUUUUAAGCUCUUGGAUUAAUGUGGCAGCUUUCCAAUCAAAAACCUUCCUGUUCCCCCUCCCCCCCCCCACUCAAUUCUUUUUUGACCAGAUCUUAAUAAAUAUAUCAAGAGAUAGCU